UCUGUCAGCACCCCUAGCUCCAGGCUCGCGCGCCCUGGCCCCCGGGGGUCAUUGUGCCCCACGGGCCACCCAGUGGCCAAAGGGGCGAAAGGGCGUGGUGCAGGAGAAGCGGGGUGCCCAGGGAGGCGCGCCGAGCGCCGCUGGCUUCCACUCCCCGGGCCGGGCCGUUGCCUCCUGCCGGGACGGGGCAGCCCAUGCCGCUGGUGUAAAGAGCGCAGCUGCACCGGCCAAGGCAGCUGAGCCGACUCCACUGCUCGGGGACUGAACUGCAGCUGUAGAACUGAGUGACCUAAGAUGUGAACUGGGCUGCAUAAAUGGUGGGGGAAACUGGAGAAAACAGUGAAGUAAAGGAAAAGUGUAUUUUCCAGCUUUAGUAGGAAAAAACUACUUUCUGAAAAUUACUGAAAAACUGCCCUUAGAAGUCGUUUCUUGCAUGGUCGUGGAGUAGCUGGAAUUUGCACUGUAAGGCCUGUGGAUGGGACAAGCUGUCACCUGCUGAUCAUCCAGAGUGGUUGUCACCAUGGCCAGCAAGAGGAAAUCUACUACACCAUGCAUGAUCCCAGUGAAGACGGUGGUGCUACCGAAUGCCAUUGUGGAGGCCCAACCUGCAGAGGCCUUGCCUGAAGGACCCCAGCAGGAUCUGCCCUCAGAAGCACCUGCCACCACUAGUGAGCCGGCCCAGAACUCCAGCAACACCGAUGGCUCUGCACUGGCCAACGGGCAUCAGAGCACUUCGGAUGGCUAUUUAUACUCCUGUAAAGACUGUGAUUUCAGAUCCCAGGAUAUGACCCAAUUUGUGGGACAUAUGAACUCAGAGCACACAGACUUUAAUAAAGACCCCACUUUUGUAUGCACUGGGUGCAGUUUCCUGGCAAAAAACCCUGAGGGCCUUUCCCUGCACAAUGCCAAGUGUCACUUGGGGGAAGCCAGCUUUGUGUGGAAUGUAGCCAAGCCAGACAAUCAUGUAGUAGUAGAGCAGAGUGUGCCUGAGAGUUCCAGUGCUCCCGACCUUGCAGGUGAGCCCAGCACUGAAGGAACCGAUGGACAGGCUGGAAUCAUCAUUACUAAGACCCCAAUCAUGAAGAUAAUGAAAGGCAAAGCUGAAGCCAAAAAAAUUCAUAUGCUCAAGGAGAAUGUCCCCAGUCAGCCUGUGGGUGAGGCCUUGCCAAAGCCAUCCGGUGGAGAGACAGAGGUGAAAGAGGGAGACCAUGCCUUUGUCAAUGGGGCAGCUCCAGUCAGCCAGCCAUCUGCCAGCUCUGCAAAGCCCCCCCAUGGUGCCAACGGGCCCCUGAUAGGGUCAGUGCCAGUUCUGCCAGCUGGUAUAGCACAGUUCCUCUCCCUCCAGCAACAGCCCCCAGUGCAUGCUCAGCACCAUCCACACCAGCCCCUGCCCACAUCCAAGUCCCUUCCCAAAGUGAUGAUCCCCCUGAGCAGCAUCCCUACAUACAACGCAGCCAUGGAUUCCAACAGCUUCCUGAAGAACUCCUUCCACAAGUUCCCCUACCCAACCAAAGCGGAGCUCUGCUACCUGACUGUGGUGACCAAGUAUCCAGAAGAACAGCUUAAGAUCUGGUUCACAGCCCAGAGGCUGAAACAGGGCAUCAGCUGGUCCCCUGAGGAGAUCGAGGAUGCCCGGAAGAAGAUGUUCAAUACAGUCAUCCAGUCUGUGCCUCAGCCCACAAUCACAGUUCUAAACACACCCCUGGUUGCCAGUGCAGGCAAUGUCCAGCAUCUCAUUCAGGCUGCUCUCCCAGGCCAUGUUGUGGGACAGCCAGAGGGCACAGCAGGUGGACUCCUGGUCACUCAACCACUGGCCAAUGGGUUGCAAGCACCAAACUCAUCCCUGCCCCUGGCAGUGACGUCUGUCCCCAAGCAGCCAUCUGUGACGCCCAUUAAUACUGUGUGUUCAAACACAGCAUCAGCGGUGAAGGUGGUUAAUGCUGCCCAGUCUCUCCUCACUGCGUGCCCCAGCAUAACCUCCCAGGCCUUUCUUGAUGCCAACAUCUAUAAGAAUAAGAAGUCUCACGAACAGCUGUCGGCUCUGAAAGGGAGCUUCUGUCGGAACCAGUUCCCAGGGCAGAGUGAAGUCGAACAUCUGACCAAAGUGACUGGGCUCAGUACCAGAGAGGUGCGGAAAUGGUUCAGUGACCGGAGAUACCACUGCCGGAACCUAAAGGGCUCCAGAGCCAUGAUGCCUGGAGAGCCUGGCUCCAUCCUCAUCGACUCUGUACCAGAGGUCCCCUUCUCCCCAUCAUCCAAGGCCCCUGAAGUGGCCUGCAUCCCCACAGUGGCUUCGCUAGCAAGCCACCCUGCUGUCAAACGGCAGUCCUGGCACCAGGCUCCUGACUUCACUCCAACCAAAUACAAAGAAAGAGCCCCUGAGCAGCUCCGUGUGCUGGAGAGCAGCUUUGCACAAAACCCGCUUCCUCUUGAUGAGGAAUUGGACCGUCUGAGAAGUGAAACCAAGAUGACGCGUAGAGAAAUCGAUAGCUGGUUUUCAGAGAGACGGAGAAAAGUGAAUACUGAGGAGACCAAGAAAACCGAUGAGAACGCCUCUCAAGAGGAAGAGGAGGCUGCCGAAGACGAGGGUGGAGAAGGAGAGCUGGCCGCUGAGCUGAGGGUUGCUGGUGAAAAUGGUGCCCCAGAAAUGCUUAUUAACCAGACUUCAGCAGAGCGCAGAGUCAGCCCCAUCAAAAUUAACCUGAAGAACCUGCGGGUCACUGAAGCCAGUGGCAAGAGUGACCUUCCAGGGCUGGGCGUCUGUGAGCCCGAGGAUGAUGGGUGGAGCAAGCUGGCAGAGCAACCUCCAGGCAAGAUGAGCUACAAAAAGACAGCCCAGCAGCGGCACUUGCUGCGGCAGCUCUUUGUCCAGACGCAGUGGCCCAGCAACCAGGACUAUGACUCCAUCAUGGCCCAGACAGGUCUGCCACGGCCAGAGGUGGUGCGCUGGUUCGGGGACAGCAGGUAUGCCCUGAAGAACGGCCAGCUCAAGUGGUAUGAAGACUACAAGCACGGCAACUUCCCACCAGGGCUGCUGGUCAUCGCCCCUGGCAACCGAGAACUCCUGCAAGACUAUUACAUGACGCACAAGAUGCUGUAUGAGGAGGACCUGCAGAACCUCUGUGACAAGACCCAGAUGAGCUCCCAGCAGGUCAAGCAAUGGUUUGCGGAGAAAAUGGGUGAGGAAACGCGGGCUGUGGCAGACACUGGCAGUGAGGACCAGCACCCUGGUGCUGGAGAGCGUGUGGCAGUUCACAAAGGCCUGGGUGACACUUACUCAGAAGUGUCUGAAAAUAAUGAGUCAUGGGAACCCAGUGCCCCUGAGGCCAGCUCAGAGCCCUUUGACACAUCGAGUUCCCAUACUGGACUUGAGCUAGAAACAGACUGAAUUUGACCCAAUUACUAUGAAGAACCGGCCAAUCUAGAACGCUGCCUGCCAUGUGGAAGAGCCAAAUCCACCUCUGCUGCCACAUGUGGUUCCCAUGGCCAGCCCCUGGGCACCCGGAAGAGCCUCUGGAGUCUCACUGACAGCCUGGAGCCAGUUCUGCCAUCUUCACCCUGGGCCUGCCCCACCAAGCAAGUGGCGAGCAGGGGGCGUCGUCAGCCCUUGCACAGUGUAGGGCCUUCCCUUUGCCUUCCGGGGAUAAAGUAGUCCAGAUUGCAUAUUUGUAGACACAGAAUCAAGUUUUUAACAUAUACAUCUGCCUAUCUACAUUCAAUAAAACAGGUUACAAACACUUUCACUAUAUAGAAGCUUUGGUUAGCAAAGGAAUAUAUUGCUCACAUCAUCUCUGAAAAUGCUUCGUGUCUGUUCUCCGGAGAGUGCUGGGGCGGUGGGCGCCCUCACCUUCCACAGGCAGCCAAGGGGUGAGGCACACACACAACUGCGUCCCGGCCGCUGCACCUCCACUUUGUCCUUCUGCAGGCAGCAGUGUUUUAAAGAGAUUUCUGCCUCCUUACGCAGUGACCAGCCACAUUUCAUGCCCAGCUUGCCUUGCUUGUGGGCUGAUCCGUUCAGAAAAUGGCCCAGCUGAGAUUAGUGUCGGAUGCUCACCCUUCUUCGGUUGUUACUAUAUUUCUUUUUCAUGAGAGUUUGAAUCUUGGACCAUACGUUUUUGGUUUUUAGAUUAACUAGGGAAACAUUUGUUGUUAAGCCUAACAUACCGAUCUGUGUGCCCACUUGACUUUCUUUUUUCCUUUAAUCUGGAUACUUUUAAGUGAGUGGAAAAUGGAAGAAGGCAUGGGGGCGGGGCCGAAGUGAAGGUGUACGCACAUCCCCGAGCCCUGGCCAGGGCUCGGAGACCUUUCUCCUCAUGCACUGCAAAGCCUCCUGCUGGCUGGGAGGAAGAACACGCUGGCUCAGCAGUGAGUGAGGCUGAAGGGAUUCGGGACUGUUUGGAAUUAUCAGAGCUGGUAAUCUUGAGCACAAAGACCUGCGGUGGGUGGUUCCUGGGAGAAUCCCCCGAGUGACCCAGCUGCACACCAGGGCCCGGCCAGUGUGUUGGGUGCACGCCCCAGUGGUGCCGGGCAUCACUGGACAGGUCCUUGGGAGGAUGUUUUUAAAUUCUGUGUUUAUAUUGCUAAACUGGGAAACAAGAACUCUUUUAUUUCAUGUCCUUCUUUGAAUUGAGAAAAACCACAGGAAAAGGUGCCUUUGAAAUGAUGGAAAAUGUGCUUACAGAGUUGUACUAAAUGGUAAUUCUCCUAUUUCCCCAGCACUGGCCACUCUGACAGCAGUUGAUAUGGAGGUGGGGCUGGCUAAGGACCUCUUACCUCUGGCAUCAGCUCUUAGAAACAUCCUGCUUCCCAAAGCACCAGGCACAGGUACUAGGACCUCAAGGGCUCACUCGCAGACCUGGGGCAGGGUGAAGCACCAGGAGACGCAGAGUGGGGCAAGGGUUUUGGGCAGGAAAACUAAUGUGUUCUAGGCAUUGUUGUUCCUCCUUUCCCUACCAGAGAACUGGAACAGCCAGGCCACCUGGCUGGCGCGUCAAGGACGACCAUGGUGGCAGCACCUUCUGCUUUCCAGGAGAGAGCUUUCUUUGGAAAACAAAAGCCCUUGCACUGUUGUUCUUCUCGAGUCGCUUUUCUUGCCCUCCAUGUCCCAGUGGGGACCACCUCUUACUUGUCUCAAAUUGGGAACUCGUGAGUACUUGGCAAGUUUUGCAGCCUAUUUUUGUAUUCUUUCCAUUUGGAGAUUGAAGCUAUUUGGUUCUAAAAGCCUUUGAGGAAUUGCCAAGAAUGGAGAGCGAGUGCCUUCCUUCAGAGAACAGACACCUGGAAUUUUUCCUUCAAUAUUUAUGUACACGCAGUCUAAUUUAUAUAUCUACAUAUAUACAGUAAAAGUGCUCAUCUGAUAAUUUGUAAAAUGUGCACAUGACGUGUGCGCUUGAGGAACUUCGUGGCAUGUGGGUACUGGGGGCAGUGGCCCGUGUGACAGGGAAAGCUGGUGCCUUGGACGGCUGUGGUGGCCUAGCACAAAACCGUCUCCAAGAAUCUGAGAAGCUGCCCCGUGCCUCACCCCCAGAUCCUUGCUAGUGUCCUCUCCAGAGCCCUGCAUGCACUGGCUGAAUAGUUGUGUCUGUUGAGAUGGUUUUCCUGGCUAUUUGUGUUGAACUUUAAUCUACACCCAUAGACCAAAACAGAAAAAAUAAGUCACAUGGUGGACAAGUUCAUACAGAGCAGAGAGUGCCCCGACCUUGGGCACCAGGUUGUCUUUUAGUUGGAAGUUAUAAUGAUGUCAGUCACAGUGUGUUUUUCUCAGAUGUUGGCCCUGCUCAGCAGCCAGGGCUGUCCCAUAAAUGGCAAGAUGGCCCAGAUAAGAGCCCAGCAGACGGACAGACUCUGCUUCUUCCUGUGCUCUUAGAGGGUACUGAGAAAGUGUGGUUUGAACCUUAUGUUGGGAAAAGUAAGAUGAGCAAAGGUGACACUAAAGGAGGUGGUCAUUGAGUAGGGACCUAGGGCUUUGAGUGCCAAGCCCUGGGUACAGUGUGCCAGGCAGAGACAUGCCUACACGAGCCAGAGAUCAGAAACACACUGACAGUGGCGGUAGGGGCUAUGGGAUGACAGCAGCCAGGUCUGUGGCCCAUCACAGGACAUACUGCUAAAGGGUUAAACUAGGUGUUAGCAUCUUCAUUAAAAAGCUGUCUGUGGGCUGCAGAUGUGAGAAAGGUGGGGUGGGGUUCAUCUCUCAAGGAAAAAGCCUAUUUUAUAAGUGACAAGUACUUUCCCUUUUCUCUCUAUGCCCUUGGACUGAUGUUUCUUGUGGCCUAUUGUAGCAGUUUGAUUUAACUUUGUUUUUUACAUAGGGUUAUAUAUAUUCAGUUCUAACAAGUGAAACCAGAUCGCUUUUUUUUCUUCUUGAGACAGGGUCUUGCUAUGUAGUUCAGACUGGCCUUGAACUCGAUAUGUAGUUCAGACUGGUCUUGAACUUAAUGGUGAUCUUACUGCCUCAACCAGAUCACUCUCUGAUAAAGGAAAUUUGAAAUCAUGAUACAUAAACUUUGCAUAUUUUGAUUACUUGUUUUAAUUUUUGACUGUAGAGGACCUUUUUGAUUUUGGGAGGAGGAAAAUCAUUUUCAAGUCUUGACUUCCUGAAAACGAACGCCCUAGCUUGAUAGCUCACCACCACUGUGAGAUUUGGUGGUGGCUCACUUAGAGCUUUCUCUUGGCAGAGUGACAGCAGCUGUUUAGGUGGACCAAAGCACCUCAGCCCGGGGCCCUGCACCCUGUGCUCUGGAAGUGAAAGGGGAGAGCUGGGCAGUGCUGGGUGGUACCUUGAGGGCUUCCACCUGUGCUCGGUCUUGUUCCCACAGGGAAGCUCCAGUGUGGCCUCUGGGCUGAGAUGUGGUUCCUGUAGGUUUUAUCUUGUUCGGUCCUGUGCCCCACCCCCGUUUUUCCAGCUCUAGGACAUCAGUCCCCAAGCUGCCUUCCCCAGAGAAUGGAGGCGGCCUUUCUGGUUGGGUGCUCAGGUUUCUGCCACAUUCUCUCCCUCUGCUCCCUACUUAGCUGUUCCCAUCUUGGACCCUCUUGCUCCUAUUUUUGUAGUCUUUGUGGACUAAAAUUCCUGAAUUGAAGCAGCUCUUGUUAGCUCAGAAAUCACAGUCCAAGUGGAUAAAGGCACUGUACAGGAAGAGAACCCAGAAGAAAACCGCACUUGGAAAGCUGGAGUUUAGGCUUCACCGACUGCCCACUUUGCUCAUGUUCCUUGCUGUUUACUCUGGGAAGUCCGUUAGUUUGACUCAGCUUUGUUCAUGUACUUUUACAUUAAGCUUAGAGUUUUCAGGCAUCACAUCCAUCUGUACGGCUGCUGCAUGCUGGAGGAGGAAAGCCCUUGGGACACAUGAAGAUCAGCAUAGCCAGCACUUCCUGGCCAAAGCCAGCAGUCUCCCUAGGUCUGGGCCUGGUUCUUCUGGCCCAAUGCAGAGAUCCCUCAAGGGUCUCUUGACCCAGCUUUUUUCUCUCCCUUUCCCUGAAAACAGGCCUCCCCAGCCUUUCCUUUCUGAACUCAGGAGGAUGUCUUCACGCUCAUGGAAGACAUCCUCCUGAGAGGAUGUCUUCUGUGUUCUGACAGACAGCACUGUCUCUGCAGGGCGCUGAUGUACAGUCGCAGUGGUGGAGGUCAAGGCUUUCUCGGAGUUCACGUUCCCUCCCUAAGCAAAGCUUCAAACCAGGGUACUUACUGUGUGGCUUACUGUGGCCAAUAUAAGCAGCUGGGGUCACAUUGAACCAUGAAACCCCAGGCUAUGGGGACCUUGUGAACAGAAAGACCAGUUUUGGUUUUGUCUGACCAGUUUUGGCUUGCUACCUAGCCCAACUUAAAGUCUAGCUGGAACUGACAGACCUCAGAUUAAAUCCAUUUCUGCUGGCGCCUGUGUGCUCCCUGUGUGGGGUGUGUGUGAAUGCAGGGACAGCAAACCCAUGUGUGCGAAUGCAGGGACAGCAAACCCAUGCAUUCUUAGAGCUAACCCUGCAUUUGCACCUGGUUAAGUGAGAGGAGCUUGUUUCUAUAGAGCAUGUGGCCCUAAAAAGGAAAGAAAGCCUGCUUUGGGGUCUUCCGUCUUGAAGUCACUUGUCUACAAUAGUCAGCCAUUCUGUCCUGCCUGUCAACCCGAUCUCUUCUUUGAAAAGGACCUAGUUCUUCUUCACUAGACUGGAGCAUUGACAUGGAAGAGGUCCUUUUUAGCCCAGGGUCUGCCCUGAGGUCUGGGACAAGGACAGGAACCUAGAGGCUAGGGAUGAGACUAAGCUGACUCAGAUGGCUACGUGGACAAGGGCAGGGGGCCAAAUAGCUACUUCAUGUUUUUAAAAAAUUCUUUUGGUACACUGGACUUCAGGGAGCCAGAGAAUAACUUCUGUCUUUGCCCUCCAUUCCUUGAGCAGCCUGGUCCUUGAUGCAGCUCCACAGCUCUGGCACAGCUCUGGCAGAGCCAAGGAAGGAGCAGAGAGCCACUGUUCUGGCAGGAACUGGCAGCAUCUUUCUGCUGGUCCUGAGGGCAGGUGGGAAGGUGGCAACAGGACACCUGAGUGGGGCUUGUGUGCUUGCCUGCUGUUGUUCCUCUUCAGCCGGGGGAUGGUAUGCAAUCUUGUACGCACACGUGGGCACUUACAUGUGUUAAUGAAUAGCUUUUUUUGGUUAAUGCUUUUUAACUUGUGUUCCCUUUCAUGAUAAAUGGGUGAUUCAGAAUUACUCAGUGACUAGAGUCAAAGGUAAAGUGUCCAGGAUAAAGGUUGCUCAAUCACCUGAGUAUAGAAAGCUCCAAGUGUGGAUCCUUCACAAGUGUCAACCCCAGAGCAGAAAUAUGGUGAAGAGGCUAAAAAUCAGUCAUCAUAGUGCCUAUAAAUCCCAUAAUUUGUAUUUAACACAUUCCCACCUUGAACCACCAAUGGUUCACGCAUGGGUGUCCCACAGGCAGCUUGUACUACCCAGUAGGACUGUCCUGUGCCAUCCAAUGGGACAGUCAUGCACACACCGAUGGUUCAGAGCUGCCCAGAAGAGACGCAUAUCAAUUAUGGCCCCAUUGUGCAAGGGACCUUGUCACUCAUUCCUGGUUCCUGCCCAUAAAGCCCUCUCUUUGCAGUUUGCUUGGUAGAUUGGAGCCCACGAUUGUUGCUAGAGCAAGAACGGCACCAGCCGUCAGUCAGGUCAGACCCUGUGAAUUUGGGCAAGGGCUAGGGAGCAGUGCUCACUCCUGGGCGGUAAGCUCUCACCAAGCUUCUGAGAAGCUGCUUUGUUCAGCAGUGGUCAGAAGGGCUGAACCAUAAUUAUUUAAAAAAAAAAAAUGCCAACUUUCCUCUUCCUUGCUGAGUAUCGUACAUUGAGUCUUACUGACAUAGCCUGUGGGGGAAGUUAGGGAGGUUGCCAAGGGCCUGCAGAUGACUUCCUGACAAAGCCCUAACUCCUGGUCCUCAAGUCCCCCUCUGCAUUCUGAUUCUUAAUGCAAACCCCUUUGUUCCCUGAGGGCCAGACUGCUAAGAACUGAAAGGGGGAAUGGCGUGAGCAGUUUGCUUCUGGUGCACUUCCUGUCUUUGGGGACAGCUGAAGAAGUAAUCACCCUGGUGCUAAGUGAGGGUCAACUGUCGUGUCAGAUGCAAACUUAAACUUUAGCCGAACUGUGUAAGGGGUCCCACCUCCUCCUGUGAUCAAGUGUGAGGCCAAACAGAAGAUGGCAUGCACCUGUCAUUCAGGCGAGGUGGAAUGGGAAUUUUUUGCCCAGUGUGAAUGUUAAAACAGAAAGACGGAGUUUUCCUUUGGUGUGGACUGUGGGUAUACCGAGGCAGGAGGUGGAGGCUGGCCUCUCUGGGCUGAGUCUUCAGGCCUCACAAGGUCCCCUGUGGGGAUGCUGCUAUUUCUAAGAUGCAAAUUGCACACUUCCUAGAUUUUGUAUCUGUGGAUUUGAAUAAGGGAGGGAAAAAGGGACAAAUGCUUGUACAGUCUGAAAUGGACCUUAAUGGUACUUCAAAUCUUUUGAUUGUUCCUAAAUAAAAAUGUAUGUACCUUUCACA